AUGUGUGCAGCACUGGAUCCGUCGAUGCUCGAUCCCCAAGUCUGUGGUCUUCCUUUGCCCAUCAUACUCGCCAUCCUCGACACCCCCACGCUACGUCAUUUGCAAGUCAAGGGCACUCUUUGCCAUCCGCUCGGCCACAGCCAGGGGUCUGAACGGUUCACAAUUCAAGGACGCCUCACCGAAUUCAGGCACAUUCUUGACGACUUGCGUCAAGAACCUCGAGAAUACACGUCCGAAGCCAUCCUGCUCAAAUCCAUAGUUCUUCCCUUUCACGCGACGCUGAACGUCCUGGAGCUCCCGGUGGAGAACGCACCGCUGCGGGACAUGGGCAAUCACGACUGGCCCCAACUUCGCUCUCUUAGGCUCUACGGCUUCCCUCCCCCGGCCGAAACCAUCGGUCGCCCCAUCAUCGAGACGCUCGCUCGCAUGCCCCGCCUCCGCUCCCUCAACCUCCAGUUCUCCGUCCUCCAAAGCGGCGAAAACGACCCUAUCUGGCCCCAGAGUUGGGCGGAUGCCCCCUUUCCCUGGCCGGAGCUUGAAGAGCUCUUCGUCACGCACCCCGUCUCCGCAGACGGCCUUUGGUCACGCCUCCCUCCCGCCCUCCGCACCCUCUCUCUCCGCGAAUGGCCGCCCACGUGGGAGUAUGAUAUCAUCGAGCAGAGAGCUGGCUGUCACAGAAAAGACGUGGCGCUUCCGCCCGCGGAGCUGCAGCGAAUCCUCCGCCAAUGCCCCCUUGCGUCGCUCACGUCUCUCGGGCUCGGCUACACGGUCGACUCAGCAGAGGGCGCACUGCUCGCCUACGUGGUGAGCGGGUGCCCGCUGCUCCGCGUCCUCGGUCUCUAUCGUAUGCCGCUCCAUUGCAAGGGUUGUCAGUCGAAGCGGGCUUUCGAGGAUAUCGCUCGCCAGCUCCGCCCUCUCCGCAACUUGCGCACACUGCUCCUGCACGUCGACCAGAGGGAAACCUCGAUCGUGGAGCUGCUGAUGACGUGCAUGAGGGUGGGCUACUACCUCGAGGCGCUGAACCUCUACUACAUCACGGACAUCUUUCAGGCGGAGCUGACUGGCCUGCCGCGCAUGGUCGCCCUCUGUACACAGGAAUGUGGCGGCGAGACUCUCGCAAAGGUGAUUGCGCUCAACCAGAGCUGGCUCGGGCGUUCGUGGAGAUGGAGGGCCGAUGACGACUUCCCUUGGGAUUGGUGGGCCGAUGUUCGCCUCUUCGUCCACGGUGAUGCGGACUGCCUGCGUGAGGACCCCGAAAUGUUGUACGAGUAG